UUUCAAUAUAGACUAGCUCGCGGCGUACCGGCCAUGGCGAAGCAGUCAUGCUGCCACAAGAAGAGGCUGAGGAGAGGGCUCUGGUCCCCGGAGGAAGACGAUAAGCUCAUGAACCACAUUGCUAAGUACGGCCAUGGCUGCUGGAGCUCGGUCCCUAAGCUUGCAGGACUUGAGAGGUGUGGCAAGAGCUGCAGGCUGAGGUGGAUAAACUACCUGAGGCCGGACCUCAAACGGGGCACAUUCUCACAAGAGGAGGAGGACCUCAUCAUACACCUCCAUUCCAUGCUAGGAAACAAGUGGUCGCAGAUUGCGGCACAGCUGCCUGGCCGGACAGACAACGAGGUCAAGAACUUCUGGAACUCGUACAUCAAGAAGAAGCUCAGGGAGCGCGGCAUAGACCCGGCCACCCACAAGCCGCUCGCCGAGGCCACCACCACCGCGUGCCGCGCGGUCUUCAGCGACGCUGAGCUCAUCCCGACGACGGCCACGACGACGCCGGUCCAGGACCCGGUGGAGCAAAUUCUGGACGGCCUGAAGAUGCCAAUGGACUGGUCGGUCGCCCCCGUCCAAAGCAACGAGGUGCCAGAGUACUACCAGGUACCGAGCCUCCAGUCCUUCGACAUGGGCGCACUGCAGCAGCACUGCGGCGCCUUCCCGUCAGCGUCAAGCUCCAGCACGGUGACCGGCCUGAGCCCCGCGGGAGCCGACGCGGGUGCCAACCUGCCGUGGCUCGAGCUCGGGCCGACAGACGCCGGCUCCGGCCACAUCGUCGACCACUACGCGGGCGCGCUGGACGAGCUCAGGUGGUCGGACUACUUCGACGGCGCCUUCCACGCCGCCGCCCCGACGUGCCAGGGCGCCCUCCAGGGCCCGUGCGUCUACGACGGCGUCAAAGUCGACGACGACGCGGCGCAGUUCGACGUCCACGGGCUAAGCAACUGGUGCUAG